AUGAUUACAGAAACCGAAACGGAGUUAGCUGAAAGUAGCUCACUGCCUAUGCUACCCUCAUCGAUGAUGUCGUCGCGAGAACAUACUGUUGACGUUGAUGUCGACAUUAUUUCACAACAUCGAACAAUAGUCGCCGUCAUUUGGUGCAUCGUGGCCGCGAUCGGUCUCUUCGGGAAUGCAUUAGUCGUCGUUUCCGUGGUCGUUGACAAGAAGUUGCAAACGACCACGAAUAUCCUUGUGGUCAAUCUCGCAAUCGCCGACUUCUUGACGUGUCUCUGUCUGUCAGUUGAGUGUAUCAUGCUCCUAUGCAAACAAGGGACUUCUCCGAUUCCCAACUUCGUCUGCGCCUUCGUCGGAGGGACUAUCUAUACCUGUAUCCUUUGUAGCAUCUCGACGCUGGUCGCCAUCGCAUUCAUUCGCUGGUACGUCAUCACGAAAUCCGUUCGUGUUCAUCAAGGGAUUCUGACACCAAGGAAGAACAUCGUGGUGGCGGUUGCUAUCUGGGUUGAGUCCCUCCUGAUCACGCUCGUACCGUCCCUUUUCGGGAUCGUCGAGUUCGGUCAUUCUAGAUUCUAUUCCCUUUGCUCGAUAAGGGAUGACAACCCCCUUCGUGUGUACUACAUCCUGCUUCAAGGUGUGAUCCUCAUCGUGGCACUUCUGGCCAUCGGAGUCUUCUACGCCUUAAUACUGGCGUUUGUGCUCCGUCAUAACCGGGAUCUCAGGGCCAGACUGUCCUCAUCAAGUGGCAAUAACGCGCCCUACAACUCCAGAAACAUCGCGGUCAGCAGCGUCAGCAACACCGUCGCUUCAUCAGAAGGGAGACCUCCAGCAGGACCGUCAGCGGGCCAACGGCCAAACGCCAGGGAGGUCAUCCACAAACGGGAAGUGGCAAUCACCAAGAACUUAUUCGCAGUUGUAUGUGUCUUUGCCAUUUGUUACCUACCAACGGGAAUCAGCCUCGUUAUCCCUGGUGCUGGUGCCCCCACUCUGUACGCCAUGAUGAUAGGUCUUGCUAACAAUGCACUGAAUCCUAUCAUAUACGCCCUCAAGCAUCCCAUCUUUCAAGGCGUCUUCAAGAGGCUGUUGCUAUGUCGGGUCUCCAGCCUAUCAGGUCCUGAAGCAUGA